AUCUUUAGGCCCCAAAAUUCUUUUGUGAAAGUGUCGCAUGCCAAUUCAGGGCGUCCACCAACAGAAACAGCUAGCUUAGAGACUGAAGCCAUCCAAGCCAAAAGAAAUGUAUUAGCUUCAAGUUUAAAUUCAGCUUCUCCUCCAUUUUAUCCUUCAGGAUCCUCCAAUAACUUGGCACAAAAGGAUUUACAAACUGGCAUUGGUGGACUGCACAUUAAUCAAAACCCUACGCCAUCUGGAAAGAAGUUUGGGAAUACAAAAUCCAGCUCUUCGUGGGUACGCACUGCUCAACCUUCUCAGACUACAAGUCAUGGUAGAGAUGCACCUCCUCCUGGGAAAAUGCUUUACCAGCAAUCUCCUAAUCAAGGUGACAAAGUUUCUUCGCUGAUGCACAUCCAGGGAAUGCCAAAAGGCACUGACCAAAGCUGUACUCAACCUCCUGGUCAGGCUUUUGAUCAACAUUCUGCUGUUAACAGUUUGCUGCCUUCUUCUCCACCGAAAACCGGCUCAUCAAAAAACCAGUAUAUUUCUGGUGGAAUAGAGUCAGCCGCAGAAACAGGUGCUUUGGUUGCCAAGGAAAAAGGGUCACUCCAGCCUAGUGGAAGAGGAUCUUUUAUGUAUGGAGGGACACAGUUUAUGGGGACUGUCGGGAGCAUGGCAGCUGGUCAUGGCAAUUCAAAUUUUCCUGCAUUUCUGCCUGUUAUGCAAUUUGGUGGUCAGCACGGUGGGGUUCCUACCUUUGGAAUGGCUCUUCCAGGAUAUGUCCAACCAGAACAUGGUACCGGAAAUCCUGAGAUGACAUGGCUGCCAAUUUUGCCUGGCCCCGGAGCACUAGGAGGUUCGUAUUGUCCACCUUAUGCUGCCAUUGAUGGUUCUUACCAAGCACACAAACCGAUGUUACCUUCCUCUGCGGGAUCCUCCAGCCAAGAGAACAGUUCUAAUAGCCCUAAUGAUGAAGAACCCAUGGAGAGACCUGAUACUCGGAGAUGAGCUGAGUGGAAAGGAAGGUCCUCUUGUUUUGAAUAAGUGGAAAAAGGAGGUGAGAGAGAAGCUCCUUUGUUGCAGGCCCCUAUUGCUUCUCCAAGCUGCUUUACGGAGCACUUUAGGCUGCUAUUGUUGCCUUAUUUUUUAAAAAAAUUAGGAGGGUUGUUGUGCAAAUUAUAAAGAGUAUCUGUGAUAGCUUGAGCUGUGUGGCUUCUUUCAUCUGUAAUUUAUUCUUUUGUCCUCCGUUGGUUCCCUUUUUUCUUUUUUUUUUUGCUUAUAAAAGAUAUUUGUAAUGUUGUUGAUAUGUGUUAUGUUUUUGUUUUGGUAUUUCAACUUUAUCAAGCAAGAAGAUAUGGUGCCCUAUUUUUGAGUUUGGUUGAUGAUGAUGAUAUUUUAGUUAGCUAUCUCUCUUCGACUUGGGAGGGAUAUAGAUUGUUAUCA